AACCAAGUCCAAACCGACACCAAAGCUAAACCCAAGGUCUCACGUUCAGGUCCCUCAAGCCUCCAGUCCCAAAAUUUACAACAAUGGGCUCCGUACAGGACCCAGCCGUCUCGGAGACAUCCAAUGGCGAAUUAAGCGAGCUCUUUGCUCCCUCCGCGCCGGACGGUCUCCCCGCAGACGUCCUGGGAGAGCUGCAAUCCAUAAUGCGGGUUCAUGGAAUCACGGCCCAGGAACUAUUCUACCGAUGGGAGUCUUACUGUCUACGCAUGGGUUCUGAGGAGACUAAACUUGAUCUGGAGACUGUGAGACUGUUUAAGCGGGAUGUGCAGGAUAACUUGGAGCGGCAGGCGAGGGGCCGGCAGCAGGUUGAGAAGCGCAGUGGUGGUGUUGCGGCGACUCCGAGGGCGAGGGAGAGGGAUGUGGGGAUGGCUGCUGGUACUGGUACUGGUGAUGUUUUUGGGAUGUUGGACGGAUUGACACCUGGGAGAACGCCUGGGAGUGCUGGUGGCUCAGCAAAGAGGAAGGCGGAGUUUUCGUCACCGUCCGUUUCGAAGAAGAUAGAUUCGCCGCUUAGUUCGAAGACGAAGGUUUCGACGAAUGGUGGUGGUGGGGAUGGGAUGCAAUCUGUCCCGUUUUCAGAGCGCCCGAACGCUGGCCAGACGAUUGAAACGAUCAACGAGCAUUUGCCUCUGCCCGAAACACCCAUGGCGCCGUUCCCGGAGCCUCGAAUGCGCCCCGCUGCGAACACGGACCUCAAAAAGUUUGGGUACAAGCCUAUGGCUAUGCGAUUAUCAGAGGCGUCUGAGAUUCUGGACGACCGGAUUGACGAGUUUACGGCCAUAUUCGAGAAGAAGUACGAGAACGAAGACAUCACGUUCGGGAGUGCUGCUGUCCAGAGCACAAGCGAGAUUGUUGCUGUAGGGCGCAUUGCCUCUGACAGUAUAGAGGGGAAGCUCAAUCCAGCGUCGCUUGUACUCGAGACGUCGAGGCGCUCCGGUGCCGGUAAAAGGGUGCCUCUGAAUGUGGACUCGAUCCCAUCAGUGAACUUCUUCCCUGGCCAAAUUGUUGCCUUGCUGGGGAUCAAUGCGUCGGGAAAUUACUUUUCAGUUAAAGAGGUUCUUCCACCACCUCUUUUGCCGCCCGCCGUAUCGUCCGUUCCAACUAUUGAGACUACUAAUGAGCGCGUAUCCGAGUCUGGGACUUCACCCUUGAAUGUUAUGAUCGCUUCCGGACCAUAUACGACAGACGACAACUUAGAUUUUGAGCCAUUGAAGGAAAUUUGCCAAAAAGCCGCAGAGAGUUAUGCAGAUGGGCUUAUCCUCAUGGGACCAUUCCUGGACAUUGAGCACCCAUUGCUGGCAUCAGGUGAUUUCGACCUUCCAGAAUCCAACAACAUAGACCCGGAUACAGUUACCCUCACCACUGCCUUUAGGCACUUCAUAUCCACGCAACUACAAAAGCUCGCUGCUGCGGUCCCGAGCAUCACAAUUGCUCUCGUCCCCUCCGUUCGGGACGCCGUGAGCAAACACGUUUCAUGGCCACAAGAGCAGCUUCCCAAGAAGGAGCUUGGAUUGCCAAAACAAGCCCGCAUGGUGUCCAACCCAGUGACAUUUUCGCUGAAUGAAACUGUUAUCGGAAUGUGCUCGCAUGAUGUGCUGUACGAACUGCGUCGUGAAGAAGCUCUCCACGGAAGACCCAAGGAGGCCAACAUCCUAACCCGUCUAGUGAAGUACAUUAUUGAACAGCGACACUUUAUGCCCAUAUUCCCUCCAUCAUCUCGGGAUGCUCUUCCCAGAUCAGGAAUCGAUGGUGGACUAGCAACGGGUGCUGCGCUGGAUGUACCUUAUUUCAAGUUGGGUGAAUGGUGGAAUGUGCGGCCAGAUAUCCUGAUUGUGCCGAGCAUGCUGCCACCUUUCGUCAAGGUGGUCGACAGCAUCCUCACAAUAAACCCAGGCUCUAUUUCCAGGCGACGAGCAGCUGGGACCUACGUGCAGAUGGCCAUCCACCCCCGUGUCGUCAGCGAGGAAGAGCAGGAACAGAAAAACUUAAGCCACAAUCUAUACGAACGGGCUCGGGUCGAUAUAGUCCGGAUAUAGGAGCCACUUUAGCUCCUGCAAAUGUAUAAUGAGGCGUUUAGGUGUAACGAUAUCAUAAUGACCAUUCCAUUGGAUUGUUGCAUGCAUCCGGGGUAUCAAUAAACGUGUAGAAAGAAGCCACUCAACACCAACCACUUCAAGGCGUAGUAAAAUGCGAAAUCACCGCAAGCAAACAACCCUCUUCCCACCCAUCAAUCUACCCGCAUCCUUAACCCUCACUUUCCCCCCCUUGGUUGCCCCCCUCGCACCAGCCCCACCACUCGUAACCAAGCCCUCAAGUCCCAAAUCCCUCCAAACAGUCUCCCUGCGUCUCUCCAUGGCCCUCGUGAUUCCAAACGCAGCGUGUUGGUCGGGGACAACGUCGUCCUCGUCCUCCGGGUUCGGCGGCUGAUACUGCGGCGCCACGUAGAUAUCCUCGACGGGGAGGAAAGAGGGGAUCAGGGCUGGCG